ACAGACAGGACAGGCCGGGCUGGGCUGAGCUUGGGCCGUGUGUCGGCUUGUGAAACACGGGGGCGGCUCCGCCGAAGUCUCCGAUCUUUCCUCAACGGUUUCACGCCGACCUCACCCCGCCUCGACUCGGGGCCUCUGUGACGAUUUUAGGGAAAAAAGGCGUGUCGGUAAAUGGAAAAGCACUGCCGAUAGGCUGCUUCCUCUCUUCUUCCCGCCCUCACAGUCUUAACCCCGCCCACUUCCCCAUCGCACACUGUACCGUGAGAAAUAAAACAGUCGUGUGAGGCGGGUGGCCAAAGAAGGUCAGCUGACAGAUUAGCGAGGGCCGCGACAGGUAAAGAGGACAACGCAGUGAACGGGACAGCCGCAGACAUGAAGCGCUCUCACGAGUACAGCUCUUCGGACAGCGAGAUGGAUGAAAAUCCAGAGUUUGAAAAGUACAGCACCGACGAAAAUGGCUCACCAGAAGGCUCGAUGUCACCUGCUUCUUCGUCUCAGGCUCAAGCCAGGAAAAGGCGUCGAGGGAUAAUAGAAAAACGUCGCCGGGAUCGGAUUAACAACAGUUUAUCAGAGCUAAGAAGACUCAUUCCCAGUGCCUUUGAAAAACAGGGUUCAGCCAAAUUGGAAAAGGCGGAGAUUUUGCAGAUGACAGUGGAUCACUUGAAAAUGCUUCAUGCAGUGGGAGGCAAAGGCUAUUUUAACGCUCACGCACUCGCUAUGGAUUAUCGAUGCCUGGGAUUUCGGGAGUGUUUGGCCGAGACGGCACGUUAUCUCAGCAUCAUCGAGGGACUCGACAAUACCGACCCGUUAAGAAUCCGCCUUGUGUCUCACCUUAACAGCUAUGCGUCACAGAGGGAAACCCAGUCUGGAAAUGGACCCUCGCCUUGGACCUCUGCGUUUGGAAACCCCUCCUAUCAGAGAGGACCUCUGUUCAUAAAUCAGAGCAGCAGCAGCCGCACAGGCCCCGCGAGUCCCUCGGCACGAGAGCUGUGUCCCCAGCACCGACUGAUGCCCACCUCCCACACGGAUGGCGCCUCGCUGCGGGUACCCCCUAACGGAUGUUUGCCAGCCGUCCUCCCAGUUGUGACUUCGGCCUCCAAACUCUCUCCGCCGCUGCUCUCCACCAUCUCGUCGCUCUCUGCCUUUCCCUUCCCAUUCACUGCUUUUCCUUUGCUUUCGUCCAACGCACUGACCCCACCGGGCUCGACGCAGCCCACCGUCAGUCUGGUAAAUCCUUACCCGGCCUCGACGGCAGAGAUUGGCGCUUUCUGAGAACUCAUUUUAAUCGAGCUGAGAGGUCGGCUGCACUGGGCUGUUAUUAAUCUUUUGGGUGACGAGGGUCCAUCUUACUGGAAACGUUUCAGGGUUUAGAUUUCUUUCUAAAAUGGAAUUCCGGACGCUAAUCACUGCUGCCUAGUUUAGUGUCCGGCGGGGCAACUUACUACGUUAACGUCGGCGUAAUGUCUUUAACAACAAACGUCAGGCGUCCCCAACUCUGCUGCUCCUGACGAAAUGCUGGUGACAAAUACAAUCAGUUUGUGCUCUCCGAGGUGUCUGGAAAUUAGAAACGUUGGCCUCCGACUGAAGGCCUCAAGAUGUCGCCAUCCAAGCAGUCAUCCGUACGCGAGAAGCGGCCAAUCCCGAAACGGAAUAUACGGCGUUAAAUUAUUCAAAAAUCGCACACCUCGAGCCUUAACAUAUAAAGGGGCGUGGCGUCCAGAUUUACCGUAAAUAACAGUGCAUCACGUUGACGGCUAAUCUUCCGGAAAGGACAGCAAAUGUGUUCACAGUAAGUUUGGAAAUAUCGAAAAACGGUUCAUAACUGUCGGUGCUGCCCAAUUACGUCGGCACUUGUGUGUGGAGUAGGAGGAGUCAAGCAGCUGUUGCGUGCUCAUCGACAUCGUCCUGCAAUCAGAGUUCGCUUGUCUUAUAUUCUGACCGAACUUCGACAAAUUAGACUUUCUGAGCUUCGUUUCCAGGAUCUCAACAAAGUCGUCUUUUUUUGGUUCAACAAUAAGCCGCAUUUCAGUGUUGUGUACCAAAAUGUUUCUGCUUAAUAAACGAGGAAAUCAAACGUA